AUGACUUCUAUAGAACAUACUUAUUAAAAAAAAACUUAACUUGAACAUAUACUUUUACGUCCAGAUACCUAUGUAGGUUCUGUCUAACAAUAAACUUAAUAAUUGUGGGUGCUUUCUAAAGAUGGUUAAAGUUUUGAAAAUAGAAAUAUUACAUACGUACCCGCUUUAUAUAAAAUAUUUGAUGAAAUAUUAGUAAACGCUUCCGAUAAUUAUUAAAGAGAUAAAAGAAUGAAAAAAUUAGAUGUGACCAUAGAUAAUGAAAAAAAUAUAAUUUCGAUAUAUAAUGAUGGAGCAAGUAUACCUGUGUAGAUCCAUAAAUAAUAUAAUGUUUAUGUAUCAGAAAUGAUUUUCGGACAAUUACUUACAUCUUCAAAUUAUAAUGAUCAUGAAAAGAAAGUAACAGGAGGCAGAAAUGGGUAUGGUGCAAAAUUAACUAAUAUAUUUUCUAAGAAAUUUAGUAUAGAAACUGCUGAUUCAAAAAAUAAAUUAAAACUUACAAUGACAUGGUCAAAAAAUAUGUAAGAAAGAGAAGAACCUAAAAUAACGAAAUAUACAGAAGCUGAUUAUACACGUAUUAGUUUUGAACCUGAUUUAAAAAGGUUCCAUAUGCAAAAACUAGAUGAUGAUAUUUUAGAUUUAAUGAAAAAAAGAGUUUAUGAUAUGGCAGGUAUAAUUGGAGGUUCUGUUCGUGUAUUUUUAAAUGGAAAAAAAAUAGAAAUUAAUAAUUUUUCAGAGUAUUGUGAUUUCUAUUUAAAAAAUUCAGAUUAUAAUGAAAGUAGGGAAAUUAUUAAGGUUGCUGAUAAUAAAAAUACAAAUAAUGAAAGAUGGGAAAUAAUAGCAAGUGUAUCUGAAGGUUAAUUUUAACAAGUUUCUUUUGUAAAUUCUAUAUGUACAACUAAAGGAGGUACCCAUGUUAAUUAUAUUACUGAUUAGUUAUGUGAAAGGCUUUUAGAAAAACUUAAAAGCAAACAAAAAGGUUCAUCCAAUAUAAAACAAUUUUAGAUAAAAAAUCAUAUAUGGAUAUUUAUAAACGCAUUAAUUGAAAAUCCUUCUUUUGAUUCAUAAACUAAAGAAACAUUAACUUUAAAGUAAUAAGAUUUUGGUUCAUAAUGCAUUGUAUCAGAAAAGUUUUUAAAAGAUUAUUUAAAAACAGGAAUUUUGGAAAAUAUUUUAGUAUAAAUAAAAGCCAAAGAACAAGCAAAAAUGAAAAAAGCGCUUUCGUCAAACAAACAAAGCAGACUUUUAGGAAUUCCAAAGCUUGAAGAUGCAAAUGAUGCAGGAACAAGACUUGGAGAUUAAUGUACUUUAUUUGUUACAGAAGGAGACUCAGCAAAAGCACUUGCGAUGAGUGGAAUUGAAGUCGUUGGAAGAGAUAAAUUUGGUGUUUUCCCUUUGAAAGGAAAGAUGCUUAAUGUGAGGGAAGCUUCAGUUAAAUAAAUAACUGAAAAUUAAGAAAUUCAGAAUAUAAUUAAAAUUAUGGGACUUAAGCUUGGAGCUAAAUAUGAGAACACAAAAUCUCUUAGAUAUGGGUCUAUUGCUAUUAUGGCAGAUUAGGAUCAUGAUGGGUCACAUAUAAAGGGUUUAUUUAUUAAUUUUAUAUAGAAUUUUUGGCCUAGUUUAUUUGAAAUGAAAGGGUUUUUGAAGGAAUUUGUGACUCCUAUUGUAAAAGUAAGGAAAGGGGAAUAAAGUUUGUCUUUUUUUAGCUUACAUGACUUCAAGAAAUGGAAAAACUCAUUAGGAGAUAAUAGUAAUUAAUGGAAGACUAAAUACUAUAAAGGGUUAGGUACAUCAACAGAUAUGGAAGCUAGGGAAUAUUUUUAGAAUGUGGAAAAACAUAUGAUAAGCUUUACAUAUUUAAAUGAUGAAGAUGAAGAAAGUAUCGAUUUGGCAUUUAAUAAAAAAAAAGCUGAUGCAAGAAAAGAAUGGCUAAAUGCUUUUAAUGAAGAUGAUAAUGUAGAUCAUACUUAGAAGAAUUUAAGAUAUAAAGAUUUUGUACAUAAGGAGUUAAUUAAUUUCUCUAUUUCAGAUAAUGCAAGAUCUAUUCCUAAUAUAUGUGAUGGAUUGAAAACUGGGUAAAGAAAAAUUCUGUUUGCUUGCUUUAAAAGAAAUCUUAAAUAAGAAAUUAAAGUUGCUUAACUUUCGGGAUAUGUGGCAGAACACUCAGCUUAUCAUCACGGAGAAUAGUCUCUGGCUUAAACUAUUACGGGAAUGGCAUAGAAUUUCGUAGGGUCGAAUAAUAUUAAUCUUCUUAUGCCUAUAGGUUAGUUUGGUUCUAGAAAUAUGGGGGGUAAAGAAGCUGCUUCAGCAAGAUACAUACAUACUAAUUUAAAUAAAAUUACUAGAGUCAUUUUUCCUUAAAAUGAUGAUUAUAUUCUUUAGUAUUUAGAAGAUGAUGGAUAUUUGGUUGAACCGAAGUAUUAUUUGCCUAUUAUUCCAAUGGUACUUGUUAAUGGAGCGGAAGGAAUAGGAACUGGAUGGUCUACAAGUAUUCCUUAAUAUAAUCCGAGGGAAAUCGUUUAGUCGAUUUAAAAAAGAAUGGAAGGAGAAAAUUGGGAAUAAUUAAUUCCUUGGUACAAGGGUUAUUAAGGUGAAAUCGAAAAUAAUGAUAAAGGUUAAUAUAAUGUAAAAGGUAGAGCAAGUAUUAUUGGGGAAAAUUUAGUUGAAAUUACUGAGUUACCUAUUAAGAAAUGGACAAGAGAUUUCAAGAACUUUUUGGAAGAAAAAAUGGAAAGUUCUAAAGAUAAAGAAUAGGAAAUUGAAGACAUUAAAGAAUAUCACACAGGAAAUAAUGUUAGGUUUGAAGUAAAAAUGGUAAAUGGAAUGUUAGAUAAAAUUUUAAAAGAAGGAGGACUUGAUAAAUAUUUUAAAUUAGUUAGCUCUAUAUCUACUAGUAAUAUGGUUUUAUUUAAUCAUGAAGGGAAAAUUGUUAAAUAUAAUAACAUAUAGGAAAUAAUGGAGGAUUUUUAUAAAUUAAGACUAGAUUUAUAUAAGUAAAGAAAAGAAUUUCUUGCAUCAAAAAUUUUGAGGGAUUUGGAAAUUCUUAAUAAUAAAAAAAGGUUUAUUUUGUCGGUUAUUGAGGAGAAAUUGGAUAUUAAAAAUACAAAAAAAAAAGAAAUUUUAAAAUAAUUAGUUGCUUUGAGAUUUGUGGAAAUGAGAAAUAUGCCAAAAAUUAAAUAAAGUAAUAAGUUUUUAAACGAAAAGUUAAACCAAGAUGAGGAAAAUUCUGAAUUUUAAGAAGAAGAAACUACUUUCAAAGAAUUUAAUUAUUUAUUAUAAAUGCCUAUUUGGAAUUUAAGUUAUGAGAAAAUAGAAGAAAUUAAAAAUUAAUGUGAAUAAAAGGAAAAGGAAUUAGCAGAAAUAUUAAAAAAAGAUGUUAAGGAUAUAUGGAAAGAUGAUUUAAAUGAGUUUGUUAAUGUUUUAAAUGAAAUUGAAGAAAACGAAGAUAUUGAGAAAUAGGAAAGAUUUAAAAAAAUAACAAGUAAAAAUGGAAAAAAGAAAAAUAAAAAAGAUGGUGAUGAUUUGGAUUUUGAAUUUAAAAAUAAAUAAAAAUAGAAUUAAUAAAAAUAAUAAUAAACUUAAAGAAAAAAUAUUAAAAAAAAUUAUAAUGAGGAUGAAAUGGAAGAAGAAGACGAAGAUGAAUUUGUUAUUUAAAAAUAAGAAAAAUAAAAACCGAAAGAAAUAAAAACCAAACAAAAUAAUUAAUAAGAAUAAGAAUAAAAAUUAGAAUUAUAGAAAUAAUAAUAAGAAUAAAAAUCAUAAUAGUAGGAAAUUUUAAAAAAAUAAGAUAACUUAUAAAGUACUUUAGAUAAAUAUUUGGUAAACUUUAAUAGUACUAAAACUCCUGAAAAUUAAGUUUUUGAUUUAAAAAGUAUUAAUCUUAAGGAAAAUUACGAAUUACCAUUAGAAGAAAGAAUAAAAAUUAGAUAAUUUUAAUAAAAAUUGGAAAGUUCAAAAAAAGAAAAUAUGAAUUAAGAUGAAGAUAAAUAAGAAGUUAAAUCAGUAAAAAAAAAAACAACAAAAGUUAUAGAAAGUGAUAAAAAGAAGGAAAUUAAAAAUAAUAAAAUGUUUAAUUGUAAAAGAAAAAUCAUUUCUGAUAGUGAUGAUUUAUUUGAUGAAGUUAAAAAUUUAUUAAAAGAUGAGAUAUUUGAAACAAAACAAAAAACGGUAAAGAAAGAUUAAAUAGAAAAAAAUGAUAUUAAAGAUAAAACAAUAAAGAAAAUAAAAAUUAAUAAUGAAAAUGAUAAUGGAGAUAAAUUAAAUAUUAUUAAAAAUAAUAAAAAAAGAGGAUAAAAUAAAGAUAAAUAAAUAAUUGAGACACCUAUAAAGGAUGAAGAUAAUAAAAAAGAAAAACUAAAAAAUUAAUAAACAACAAGAACUUAAAGAAACAGAAAAAAAAUUGUAUAUUAAGAAGAUGAUGAAGAUGAUGAUGAUGAAGAAUUUUAUUGA